UGGUAUUGUUCUCCGUUCCGUCAACUCCUGAACCUGCCGUUGAAAUCCGCCUUCGUUCAUAUAUACUGAUUGCCCCCUGGUUUUGAUGAAAACACUUGAAUCAACAUUGUUUGAUUUGGCCUGAUUGUUUACAAAUAUUUGUCCGGGUUAUCAAAAAGACCUUUACAUCUGGGACAAACUACUCCAAGUUUACAUGUAUAUCUUGUUAUUUGUUAUUUUGAAUACUAGUUUGAUAAAAAAAGUGUUGUAUUUGUGUACAGUUCAGUUUUCUUAAUCAAUUGAAAUAUACAUCUAUCAUUCUAGGAUUUUGUAUGAUAAAGUUGAGUCGCUAAGGAUAUCUAACUCUGGGGGUAUAGAUAUUAACAAGGGCCACAACGCUGUGUGGAGUCGUAGUUCAUGCGCCUAUUGGUUCCGGACUUUACAGGCUUUUAAAUUCUACGGCCACCUAGCGACUACAACACGGUAUGGGGGAGGCGACGGACGAGGCGACCAAGAUGGAGGAGUUGAAGGGGCGGCUGGAGGGAGUCGCGGCGGAACCUGACGACCCAGACUUCUUGUCUGAUCACACGCUGCGGCGUUAUCUUUUGGCCCGGGACUGGGAUGUGUCAGCGGCAGAGAAGCAGCUCCGGUUGACGUUACAGUGGCGCAGGGAGACCAAACCGCAACAUAUCGUGUGUGCCGUGUGUCAGAAACAACCCGGGGCUCAUGCCAUGCGACAAGUUGGUUUUGACAAGCAGGGACGGCCUGUGUUCUACUCCAGCUUCAGCCAGUGUUCAACGCAGCACCAUUCAGCAGAGGGCGCCCUACAGCACACCAUAUACAUGCUGGAAAACGCAGCUAGGUCAGCAGACAAUGGAUCACAAAGCAACAUAUGGGUCCUCGACUUCAAGGGCAUGAAGGUCACCUCGUGCAAUCCAAAGCUGGCCCUCGCGGUCGAACACGUGGUCACUAACCACUAUCCGGAACGCCUUGGGGCCUUCAUUGCUGUCAACCACGGCGCAUUGUUCCAAACUUUCUGGGCGGCGGUUAAGGGUUUUAUAUGCCAGCGCACCGCUAGCAAGUUACGUGUUCACCGCCAUCAGCACAAAAUCGACGAGGAAUUAAAUGAACAUUUUCCAGAUGAACUAAAGUCGUGGUUAACGGAAGAAAUUAGCAGAAAUAAAAGUCAUCCAAUCGCUGAGUCCCAAAAGUCUUUCUGGAAGAAAUCAGAUGACCAUGAUCCACGAGGCUGUGAUUCAUAUGUCAAGGGAUACUUGGACAAUUUUAAUGUCUCAGAUUACAAAGAGAGUAAAACAAUGUACUUGCCACAUCACAAUAUCUUAGAGACGCUUAUUUCAGAUUCACCAUAAAGAGCUGUCAUCAUGGUAACGGAAGAGACUUUUAGACAAUAAUCAUGGCGUUGUCGAUAAAUAAGGCGUGUAACUAUGCGAACCCAGAUUGGAUUAUCACCCAUUAAUAUCGGAUACUACCGUUUCGGUGCAAAUUGUUGAAAUUGACAUUGCUAUAUUUGUAGUUUUUUGUUGAUUAUUAUGUUAAAUUUGUAAUAUUUAAUAAAAUUUGAAGAUUUG